UCCAGUAAGCACAGGUCUUGUAAUUCUCCAAGCAAGAAGAUCAGAUCCCGAGACACAUCCUGGGUUCCCCCUGUGAUGGCACUGUUCAAUGUCACUCACCCUGCCUCCUUUCUCCUGACUGGUAUCCCUGGUCUGGAGAGCCUCCACCCCUGGCUGGCAGGGCCCCUUUGUGUGAUGUAUGCCGUGGCCCUCGGAGCAAAUACUGUGAUCCUGCAGGCUGUGCGAGUGGAGCCCAUCCUCCAUGCUCCCAUGUACUACUUCCUGUCCAUGUUGUCUUUCAGUGAUGUGGCCAUGUCCAUGGCCACACUGCCCACUGUGCUCAGAACCUUCUGCUUUGAUGCCCGCAGCAUUGCUUUUGAGGCCUGUCUAGUCCAGAUGUUCCUCAUUCAUUUUUUCUCGAUGAUGGAGUCAGGGAUUCUGCUGGCUAUGAGUUUUGACCGCUAUGUGGCCAUAUGUGAUCCCUUGCAUUAUGCCACUGUCCUCACCAAUGAAUUCAUUUCUGGGGUGGGCUUAGCUGUGACUGCUCGAAGUUUCAUCACCCUUUUCCCUCUGCCCUUCCUCAUCAAGAGGCUACCUAUCUGUAGAUCCAAUGUUCUUUCCCACUCCUACUGCCUGCACCCAGACAUGAUGAAGCUUGCCUGUGCUGACAUCAACAUCAACAUUUUUUAUGGACUCUUUGUUCUUGUGUCUACCUUUUGCAUGGACCUGCUUUUUAUUUUCCUCUCCUAUGUGCUCAUUCUGCGUUCUGUUAUGGCCAUUGCUUCUCAUGAGGAACGCCUCAGAGCUCUCAACACAUGUGUGUCACAUAUCUUGGCUGUGCUUGCAUUUUAUGUGCCAAUGAUAGGGGUNUCUANAGUCCACCGAUUUGGGAANCAUGNCCCACGAUACAUACAUGUACUCAUGUCCAAUGUCUACCUCUUUGUGCCUCCUGUGCUCAACCCUCUCAUUUANAGUGCCAAGACAAAGGAGAUCCGCCGUGCCAUAUUCCGCAUGUUUCGCCGUAUCAAACUGUGACUUCCACAUCUUUUUAUAAUUUCUGAUGGUUACACUGCCUAUGGGU